UCAGCCGGGGUGCAGCAAGGGCCAAAAGCCAACGUCACGGACGCUUUGAUCACCGGCUGGCCCCACCGGGGGACAGCAGUCUUUCUUCCUCCGCUUUGCAGGACCGGUGGGGAAACUGAGACCUGGAGCGGGAUGGGGGAGCCUUGCUGAAGACCACACGGGAGGUCAGGCAGAGCCGCAGUCAGUGGCGCUUCCUGCCGGCGUGGGUUCCUCCGCCCCCAGGUGCUGCCGUGUUAAGUGAGGAGUGUGGAGCCAUUGAGAGGACAUGGAGAAGUGAAACGGAGCUGAGCGGCUGCUGCCUGGAGCUCGGUUACCACCUCUAGGAUAAAUGCCGUCAAGUUCAGGGUCUCUGGUAGGCUGUACCCAUGCUGGACACCCCGGAUAGCCUUGGAGCUGGGAGGGACUUGGAAGAUUUUCACGAGUCUGUGUCAGAGCCUUGGCCUCGGGGGCCCCGCCAAGCCAGCAGCAUGUGGCACCCCCGGGCCUGGCCAGUGUCCUCCCGCCAGCUGCCUGGCCCCCCCAGGAGGCCCUGACGCCCUGGGGCACUUCUGCUGUGCACAGGACCACGUGGGGGUUUGCCAUGGUGACAUAAAGGGGCGCGGAGGAAGGAAGGAGCACAACCAGCCUGCGGACUGCGCCCCCGGCUGGGAGGAAGGGCCGGCGGCCUGACCCUCCCCUCCUGCUGCCCACUGAGGGCCUCGCUUGAUAAGUGUCUGUGAAUCUGUUGGUCAGCGGACGACUCCAGUAUCUCCUGCGUGAGGCCGUGGGGUGGCCAGGGCAGGCCGGGCCUCCGGGGGCCGAGGUCUCGAGGACCAGGAUGCCCACCCUGACGCGCUUCCGCAGGCUGUGUCGGCACGUGUCCCCACAGGCUGUCCUUUUCCUGCUGUUUGUCUUCUGCGUGUUCAGCGUUUUUGUCUCCGCCUACUACCUAUAUGGCUGGAAGCGGGGCCUGGAGCCCUCGGCUGACGCCCCCGAGCUUGACUGCGGGGACCCGCCGCCCAUGGCCCCCAGCCGCCUGCUCCCGCUCAAGCCCGUGCAGGCGGCCGCCCCUUCCCGCACGGACCCACUGGUGCUGGUGUUCGUGGAGAGCCUCUACUCCCAGCUGGGCCAGGAGGUCGUGGCCAUCCUGGAGUCGAGCCGCUUUAAGUACCGCACAGAGAUUGCACCGGGCAAGGGGGAUAUGCCCACGCUCACGGACAAGGGCCGUGGCCGCUUCGCCCUCAUCAUCUACGAGAACAUCCUCAAGUACGUCAACCUGGACGCCUGGAACCGGGAGCUGCUGGACAAGUACUGUGUGGCCUACGGCGUGGGCAUCAUCGGCUUCUUCAAGGCCAACGAGAACAGCCUGCUGAGUGCGCAGCUCAAAGGCUUCCCCCUGUUCCUGCACUCGAACCUGGGCCUGAAGGACUGUAGCAUCAACCCCAGGUCCCCGCUGCUCUACGUGACGCGGCCCAGCGAGGUGGAAAAGGGCGUGCUGCCCGGCGAGGACUGGACCGUGUUCCAGUCCAACCACUCCACCUACGAGCCAGUACUGCUGGCCAAGACGCGCUCAUCCGAGUCCAUCCCGCACCUGGGCGCGGACGCCGGCCUGCAUGCCGCGCUGCACGCCACCGUGGUCCAGGACCUGGGCCUCCACGACGGCAUCCAGCGCGUGCUGUUCGGCAACAACCUCAACUUCUGGCUGCACAAGCUUGUCUUCGUGGACGCCGUGGCCUUCCUUACCGGCAAGCGCCUCUCACUGCCUUUGGACCGCUAUAUUCUGGUGGACAUCGAUGACAUCUUCGUGGGCAAGGAGGGCACACGCAUGAAGGUGGAGGACGUGAAGGCCCUGUUUGAUACACAGAACGAACUACGCACGCACAUCCCAAACUUCACCUUCAACCUGGGCUACUCAGGGAAAUUCUUCCACACAGGUACGGACGCUGAGGACGCUGGGGAUGACCUGCUGCUGUCCUACGUAAAGGAGUUCUGGUGGUUCCCCCACAUGUGGAGCCACAUGCAGCCCCACCUUUUCCACAACCAGUCUGUGCUGGCUGAGCAGAUGGCCCUGAACAAGAAGUUCGCUGUCGAGCACGGAAUUCCCACAGACAUGGGGUACGCAGUGGCGCCCCACCACUCGGGCGUGUACCCUGUGCACGUGCAGCUGUAUGAGGCCUGGAAACAGGUGUGGAGCAUCCGAGUGACCAGCACGGAGGAGUACCCCCACCUGAAGCCGGCCCGCUACCGCCGCGGCUUCAUCCACAACGGCAUCAUGGUCCUCCCGCGGCAGACCUGCGGCCUCUUCACCCACACCAUCUUCUACAACGAGUACCCUGGCGGCUCCAGCGAGCUGGACAAGAUCAUCAACGGGGGCGAGCUCUUCCUCACCGUGCUCCUCAAUCCUAUUAGCAUCUUCAUGACGCACCUGUCCAACUACGGGAAUGACCGCCUGGGCCUCUACACCUUUAAGCACCUGGUGCGCUUCCUGCACUCCUGGACCAACCUCCGGCUGCAGACGCUGCCCCCUGUGCAGCUGGCCCAGAAGUACUUCCAGAUCUUCUCUGAGGAGAAGGACCCGCUCUGGCAGGACCCCUGUGAGGACAAACGCCACAAAGACAUCUGGUCCAAGGAGAAGACGUGUGACCGCUUCCCGAAACUCCUCAUCAUCGGCCCCCAGAAAACAGGCACCACGGCCCUCUACCUGUUCCUGAGCGUGCACCCGGACCUCAGCAGCAACUACCCCAGCUCAGAGACCUUUGAGGAGAUCCAGUUUUUUAACGGCCACAACUAUCACAAAGGCAUCGACUGGUACAUGGAGUUCUUCCCCAUCCCCUCCAACACCACCUCUGACUUCUACUUUGAGAAAAGCGCCAACUACUUUGAUUCAGAAGUGGCACCCCGGCGGGCAGCCGCCCUGUUGCCCAAAGCCAAGGUUCUGACCAUCCUCAUCAACCCAGCGGACCGGGCCUAUUCCUGGUACCAGCACCAGCGAGCCCACGAUGACCCAGUGGCCCUGAAGUACACCUUCCACGAGGUGAUCACGGCUGGGCCCGAUGCGUCCUCGAAGCUGCGCGCCCUCCAGAACCGUUGCCUGGUCCCUGGCUGGUAUGCCACCCACAUUGAGCGCUGGCUCAGCGCCUUUCACGCCAACCAGAUUCUGGUCUUGGAUGGCAAGCUGCUGCGAACAGAACCUGCCAAGGUAAUGGACACAGUGCAGAAGUUCCUCGGGGUGACCAACACCAUUGACUACCACAAAACCUUGGCGUUUGAUCCAAAGAAAGGAUUUUGGUGCCAACUGCUCGAAGGAGGAAAAACCAAGUGUCUGGGCAAGAGCAAGGGCCGGAAAUACCCAGAGAUGGACUUGGAUUCCCGCGCCUUCCUGAAGGACUAUUACCGGGACCACAACAUCGAGCUUUCCAAGCUGCUGUACAAGAUGGGCCAGACGCUGCCCACCUGGCUGCGGGAGGACCUCCAGAACACCAGGUAGCCGCGGCCCCCCAGCCAGACCGAACGUUUGUGAUGGCAGGGACGUCCUGCCGCGCGCUGAGCCAGACUGACCUGCAGAACGGGGAGCUGGGCCUGGGCUGGCCAGGCCCGUACGAGCAAUACUCUGCCAGAGCCCAGGCAGGGCCCGGAGAAGAGCCCAGGCCAGUCUGCAAGCGCCUCAGAGCACCCAGCGCUGGGUCUGCGGCCUCUAGGACCUCCUGAGCCACCGGGGUCCGUUCUGUUCGCAGCCAUCUGCAGGGAGGCCACCCCCUGGGAGGAGGGGGUCUGUGAGACUCUCUUUUCUGUCCCUCACUGUGUUCUACCAACCAUGGCCUCUCCUUUGCCCGCCCCUCCCUGCCCCGGCAGGGCCUCCCCUCGGUCUUUGCUGCCAUGUUGUCCCCGUCCUCCAGACAGUACGGGAGAAGAGCCCAGCUGGGCCUUUCGCCACACCAGGGAGAGAGACUGGACCUUCCGCGGGGCCAGCCGGGUGCCCAGAGUCUGUUGCUAGGCUGGACGUGAGGGGGGUACCUCGGGAGGACUCUGAACUUCCACACACGUUCUGGCUCAUACCUUCACCUCUCACCCGCCCUUUUUGGGGAGAGAAGCACGGGUCCCGACAGCAUCCGCCUGACACUCAAAGCCUCCUGUGGGGCCCUGGGGCACUGCCAUGCCACUGGGACCCAGAGACCCAGGCCUCCACCCCCUCCCCUUUCACCCUGGGGUAUGACGUGCGUGGUGUUUCCUGUGGUAGAAGACGGAGGCGGUUCAGGAGUCUGCCAGGAUACAUGUUCCAGUGUACACACAGCGCCCCCACGCCUGCCCAGCCGCCGCCCCCGGCCAGCUCCGGGCAGAGCUGGGGAGAGGCUUUGCCCCGGCGACCUGUGGCUGAGGGUUCCUAGAGGCCCCCUUAACCUCCCCAAUACUAAGAAGCUAAAGUAUUUUAAUAUUUUGUUUUAUUUCUUGGUGCCAGAGUUUAUACUUUGGGUGCUGGGGUCGCACUGUGUUAUAUAUAUAUAUAUAUAUAAUUUGUAUAUAUAUAUUAUAUUUUUUUGGUUGGGUUUGUUUUUAAUUCAGUCAUACAAAAUGGUGGCAAGCCCCAGCCCCGUGCACGAAAACGAGACGGAAGGGAGGGGGCGACCACGUCUUCCCGCGUCUAGGGCCUCGCGGCAGCAGUGCAGAGGUGCCCUGGGAGCGCCGUCUGUCUCUCCCAAGUGCCGUGGCUUCCAGGGCUGCGUCAGGCGCACAGAGGGGUUGAGACACACAAGGAAGACCUGCUCUCUCUAGGAAACCCGGCUUCAUGAAGUGCGGGGACCUGGGGGAACUUUAGCCAAAGGAAACAGCCAGGCUGGCGUGGGCGGCUGGGCGGGAGGCUGGCCUGUCCCCUCCCCUCACAUGGUGCUAGGUGGGGAGCUGCCCUGGGAGCUGGGGGGCCGCAGGGACCCGCAGGGCUAUCUCCAGGCCUCCUGCGGACAGUGGGUCUCUGGGUCGUUUCCUGGUUGGGGUCUGCUCCUACCCUCCUUCUAACAAUGUGAAGUGACUAAACUGGGGUGCUCUCCCCAGCCCCUCCCACUGCCAGUUCAGCUUUGAACUGACACCCAGGAAGUCCUUUCUGGAGAGCCUUGCCUUGUUCACAAGACAGUAGCGUCUUGGGGUUGGAAGGGCCCCUCGGCUAUGGAAACAGCGGGUGGUGGCCUCCCUGGCCGAUGUCACAGAGCUGGUUGGGAGCAGGGCCAAGAAUUGAAUGUGCAGCUCCCGAUUCCAAGUCCAGUGCUCCUCUUCCAACGCCACACUGCCUCUGAACCCUUCCUUGGGACCCUACUCUGUGCCAGGUUCCUGUCCCUCCCUCAGUCACACCCUUGGUCACUCCAGGACAUAGGGACAAACCACUUCUUCCCAGCCAGGGUGCCUUUGAGCUUUCUCAGAUCUGCAUUUGCAUCCCUGUCUUGCUCUCCCCACCUCCAAAGGCUCUUCGCAGUCUGCAGGGCCUGGGUCUCUUUCAGCUCUGAACCAGUUCCCUUUCUGGGCCUGAGUAGGGUGGCUACUCAGCGGGACCAGCUGCGUGCGCGUGGUUUCCUGGCCCCACCGUGCUUCCCAUCGGGGCCUUUGAGCCUGGGAGUCCUGAGCCUGUCAACCCUGCGGGGGACAAGGAGCCCAGUGUCCCAGGACGGGGUGGCAUGGCAGCUUGUACGCCCCUGAAGACUGGCCCACGCUUUGGACCCAGACUCCCACAGAGACUUCCACAGGGCAAGUCCCCGGUCUCACCUCCCAGCAGUCAGAGAGGGGCCUGGGCUCGUGGCCUGUGAGGACCGUCCAGUGCCACACUUGCGCAGUCCGCCCUCUGGGCCUGGACGCCGGUCCCCGACCCUCGGAGCUCUGAAGGCCUUCUGGCCCGGCAGCUCCACUUCUUGGGGCCUCUGGCCCGAGGAAGGCGCGGGCAGGUGUGAGACCCCGCAGGAGAAGAGAUAUUGGGGAUUUCUGUCCAGUCCCUUCUGGGAGGCUGGGGACGUGACCUGCCGUGUGUUCUAAGUCUGGUCACUGCUCUUCCUUCCCUUCCCUUCCCACUGAUGAAUCUUUCUCAAGGACCCACUGCCAGGACCUGCAGGUAUUGCGGAGGGGACAGAGAAGUCCCCCAGGGACUCUCAGCUACUGAGUGAGCACACAGGUCCCCUCACAAGAAGAAAGAACCAGAGGUCGUUGGGUGCAGCAGCAUCAGCUUGUUUAAUGUUCUCUAGUUCACUGCAAGCAUUUGGCCAAAAAGAGAGAGAAAAAUAGCUUAAAUUGUGUAAAUGACUUCAUCACCCAUUCUGCCGACCCCUCCACGAGCCCUCGCCUCAGAGGUUGGGUGCAGCAGGGAGUACGGCUGACGCUGCCUCAGCCACGCGGGGUUCCAGAGUCACCUAUAGGGCGGGCGUCUUGUGAUAGGCCUUUCCAAGGCCCUAAGCAGGAGCAGCCAGUGUCUCCGGGGCCCAGGGGAGGGGGCAGCAGUCUGUCCCCAGGAGCAGAGGGCUACCGGGCUGCUCCAGAGAGUGGUGGUCCCCACGUGGGGCUGACCCCACGGGCUUGUUAACCCACCACCUAGAUUUAAAAUUGACAUUUUGGUACAUUUGUUUUCUCUCACUAUGUAGAGUUUUUUUGUGAAUUAACUUGAAAAUAAAAAUCAGGAGACUUCACCCCCAAAUGCUGCAGCCUGCAUCUGCGAAGAAUAAGACAUUUCUCCUGUGUCGUGACCCAGUAUCACACCGGAGACAGCGACACGUUCACAUCUGCCCUCUGAUCCGUAUUCCUCUUUCCCCCAAAGAACUUACACUGGGUUUUGGAAUUCGCAUCCAAUCAAGGGGCACGCGUUGCAUUUUGUAACUUUUUAAAUCUCCUUGGAUGUUGAAAAGUCUUCCUUCUGCUCACUUUGAUUUUUUUAAGUGGCACAUCUCUGAGGCCAGUGGGCCUGCUGUCUUGGAGAAAUCCAGCAUUCUGCGUCUGUCCUCUUGUUCUCCCCCGGUGUCGCAGGACGAGUUCCCCUAGCCCCGCGUUGUCAAGACCAAGUGAGGUUGUGUGGAUUUUGCCAUUGUGCUGAUUGGACAGUUUCCCUCCAGCCUAAGGCGCCCCUUUAGUGUCACCUGUACCAAGUGCCAAACCAGCAGAGGGGCCAGCUGGAGCUCCUGGAGCUCAGCGGAGGGCGAGAGAGGCCGCCUCGCAGAGGGGCCUGGGGGUCCUCAAGGAGGAGGAGGCCCGAGCGUGGAGGCCGGACCAAACGGUAUAGGGCCUCUUGGAAAUGAGACGUCUCUGGCUCAGAAAAGCCUGUGCUGCCCGCUUUGAUCCUGGUGAUGGACCUCAGGGCGCCAAAGAGCAUCCGAAUCUCUCUCUCUCUCUCUCUCUUGCUUGCUCUUUACCUCUCCAUCUCUCUCUCUGCUGGGGUCUCUCGGCCUUCACUUCCGGGAGGCCCGUGGUCUGUGUGCACUGGAGUAGAGCCAGGCCCCGAGAUUGUAUCGGGUGGGUCUAGCUCAGGAACCGCCUCCCACAAACGGGGGCAGGAGGGGAAGAGCACUGGGCUGGAGGCAGGAGGUGGGAAAUCCCAUCCAGACGGUGUACAGUUUAGUCGCUGCAUGAGAGUUUUCCUCCCAGGGCCUCAGUUUCCCCAUUUAUAGAAUGAGCAGGUGAAACUACAGCAGGGCCCUUCAAAUGUCAGAAAGGAAGUUAGGUUUGCUCUCGGGAAGGGAGGAUGAGGGCCGGCCCGCCCCCACCCCUGCCCCCAUGGCUUGCCCUCGCCAGCUCAGACAGCCGGAGGUGUUUUCCGCUCCUUCCAGGGAUGGGUGUUGGUUUUGUGUGGGGUCCACGUCAAGGGCUUGGGGGACUCUGGCUGUGUUUUAUCCUAAUAAGUUCACCCCUCCCUCUCUCCUUCCUCUCUGUGGCCCUUGAGGGGAAUGAGGGAGGAGAGGUUUUCUCUGACUGUGCUAGCUUUUAUUAUCAGCAAGAGGGCUCCUUUUGUAAUUUGUGCAUGAAAUUCAUGUCAUUUCCUGGGGAGAAGAGAGGGCUGACUGGAGAGGGUGGGGGGCACGCUGGGGGAGCAGGCUGUGGCUGCCUUCCCUUGUGGGGGUGGGGAGAGGUGUGGAAAGGGGGCGCUACCCAGCUCACCUGAUCAGGGCUCUUGAACCAGCCGUUUUGGGUUGUGUUAAAAGUGGGAACCUUCCUCCAUUAAUGUACAAUCUCGAACUAACUGCUAAUAAA